AUGCAUGUUGAUGUAAAUUUUUAUGAUAUAUUGCAUCAUGUAGAUAGUAUAACAGCUCAAGAUUCAAAAGGACAAUCAAGCCCAACUGAAGAAGUCCCUCUUCCUGAGACUGAUAUCAAUCUGGAAAUUUCAUUUGCUGAGCAGGCUUCUAAUGUCAAAGAGUUUUUUCUGCAGUCAGAAAAUGAGAAGGAAGAUGACACCUUGUUACCAAACUACAGACUUCCACAAGACAAAACUGGAAUCACUAAGAUUGGUGACUUAGCCCCACAGGAUAUGAAAACGGUGACUUCUCUAGCUCUCAUUGAGCUAACUGCACUGUAUGAUGUCCUGGGAACAGAACUUAAACUUCAACGAACUGCCAAAGUAAAAGUAAAUGAGACUGGCGUUUUCCGGGUACCGCUCUCUGUUUUAUUGGAACAAGAUCAGAAGAAAGUACCAGGCACAAAGGUCCCUCUCAUUCUUCAAAGUCUGAUUAGCCUCAUAGAAAAGGGUGGACUGAAUACAGAAGGUGUUCUGAGAAUACCUGGAGCUUCUUCAAGGGUUAAGGCUCUGUGCCAGGAACUGGAAGCCAAGUUUUAUGAAGGAACUUUCAACUGGGAUACAGUGAAACAACACGAUGCUGCCAGCCUUCUGAAGUUUUUCAUUCGCGAGCUCCCUCUGCCAUUACUCACUGUGGAAUACAUGAAAGCUUUUCAUUCUGUGCAAUACCUCCCAACAAAAAAGCAUAGACUCCAAGCUCUGAAUCUACUGGUCAUUCUGCUGCCUGAUAUUCACCGUGACACCCUGAAGGCUUUACUUGAAUUCCUUCAGAAGGUUGUGGAUCACAGAGAGCAGAACAAAAUGACUCUGAAGAACGUUGCCAUGAUAAUGGCUCCUAAUCUCUUCACUGACCAUACCUCCUCAUUAAAAGGUGUAGAUCAAGGAGCUGUAACCAGUGCUGCCCGGACAGCUUCCAUCAUGCUUUUUAUGAUCAAAUACCAGAAACUUCUCUGGACAAUUCCCAAAUUUCUUGUUGCACAAGUAAGGCAACAUAACAUUGUCAGCCAAAAGAAAAAUGUCAAGGAAAAGGCUAUGAAGAAACUUUUAAAAAGGAUGGCAUAUGACCGAGAGAAGUCUGAAAAGGCAGAAAAAAGCCUUGCUGAUAAUGAUAAACCUCAGGGAUUCAUACGGGUACAAGCUCCUCAGUUUUCCAAAGUUUCUAUGGCGGUACAGUUGACAGAAGAUUUAAAAGCAGGUGACAUUCUGGCACGCUUUCUCAAUCAAGAAAGUGGUUCAUCAAUGACUCUGACAAGAGAAGAAGUUAGUUUAUAUGAAAUUGGGGGGAAUAUUGGUGAACGCUGUCUAGAAGAUACUACAUAUAUGAAAGAUCUGUCUCAACUGAACCCUCAUGCUGAAUGGGUUAUAAAACCGAAGCCCAAAGAAUGA